UUCAAAUCGAGAGGGGUACACACCUUCUCGUAGCACGAACAAACACCGGCGUGUCGUCAUCGUAACAGAGUGUCUCGCCGACCAUGUCGUGGACUAUCCCUCGUCGACUCUUGUCCAGCAAUCCGGCCAAGUUGCCACACGUCACGCGACAAGUCCGCCGUCUGAGCUUGUAUGAAUAUCAAUCGAAAGACCUCCUGAAAGAGUAUGGGGUGCCAGUGCAGCGUGCCAAGGUCGCGACAACGCCAUCCGAAGUGGCGUCGAUCAUUCGAGAACUCGAUGGCACCUGCGUAAUCAAGGCGCAGAUCCUCAAAGGCGGCAGAGGUAAAGGUCGGUUUGACAAUGGCUUACAAGGUGGCGUCCACCUCGUCAAGACCGCCGAGGAGGGCGAACAGCUCGCGUCAAAGAUGCUGGGAUACCGGCUCCAGACGAAGCAGACUGGGCCCGAGGGCCUGCGUGUCAACAAGCUGUACGUCGCGCAGGAUGUCGAGUUCCGCGACGAGUGGUACCUAGCUCUGAUUAUCGACCGCGAGAACUAUACGCCGGGCAUUGUCAUCUCCAAGAGCGGCGGAGUGGAUAUCGAAGCGACAUCCCGCGAUGACCCAGCAAGCCUGCACUCUUUCAGCUUCAGUGUGUCCCAAGGUAUCACUGACGAGCUGGUCAGGGACAUUUCCCAGGCCGUCAAGUUCUCGCCCGCAGAAUCAAACAGCCUCAAAGACCUCUUGAUACGAUUGUACAAUAUCUUCACCCAGAGAGACGCCACGAUGCUAGAGAUCAACCCCUUGGUGUCGCUGACAGCGGCAGCGAGAUCUGAAAAUCCAGUGCUCAUGUGCAUCGAUGCCAAGUUCGAAUUCGACAAUGCUGCCAAGAGUCGUCAGAAGCACCUCUUUGGCCUUGGAAACGACGAUGCCGCCGAUGGUGCCCAGGAGGCGCCCGAGGAGGAAGAAGCCGGUCGACACGGGCUGGUGUAUGUCAAGAUGGAUGGAAACAUUGGCAACGUGGUGAACGGAGCCGGCCUGGCCAUGGCAACAAACGACGCGAUCGCUCAUUGCGGCGGGUCCAGUGCCAACUUCUUGGAUACCGGCGGCCAAGCUACCGUCGAGACCAUGCAAAAGGCAUUCGAAAUAAUCCUUUGGGAUGAGCGGGUCAAAGUUGUCCUGGUCAACAUCUACGGUGGCAUCGUCCGUUGUGACAUGAUUGCACAGUCGAUCAUCACUGCCGCAGAAAGACUGGGGCCGUUCAGAGUACCCGUCGUCGUCCGGCUGCAAGGGACCAACUCUGCCGAAGGGUUGAAGCUGAUCCAAGAUGCGAAUCUCGGGCUACACGUGGAAUCGGGAUUUGGGGAGGCUGCGAGUAAAGCUGUGGAAUUGGCCAAUGGUCUUGCAUAGGGAGAACCCGUGGGAUCUGAGCUUUGAAGUUGUACGACUUUCUAUGAUUGCGUGCUGGGUUCACUUCCGUAUUCUCUAAUGAAUCAAUGAUGUUUCUGCUUCA